AUUUAGUGGUGAACAUGGCAGUCCGCAACAAUUGAUCACAGUGCUUUGAAGGCCAAUUUCAGGUAUAAUAAGGACCGCAAUGGCGGUGCAUAUCGUCUACUCAGUGGCAGAGCAACUAUCCCCCUCCGAACAGCAAAAGAAGUCUCAUCAUGGAACUCGAAUACAAAAAGCCCUAUGACACCAAUCUUCCAAUUUACAAACACUGCAUUCCAAGGAAGCUGGUGAUCGAUGAGACUGAGUUUGAUGAAGCAGUUGUUGACAUUUUUGGAGCUUGGGACUUUAAAUUCGUCAAUCGCCACGACGCGACGGAGGACAUGAUCACAGUCGAAACAAACGAUAAGAAAUCGAUAGACUUGAAGAAAGAUCUGCAAGAGAAGGGAGUUCUAAAGCAAGACUAG